AUGGCUAUCGGCGAAAUCUUUCUGAGCGCAAUUGUCUCUGUUUUGAUCACUAAGUUGGCUUCAGGGAACCUAAUGGAAUUUCUGCGUCGUCUAGGAAUCGAUGCCCAGCUGAAAGAAUGGCACACGAAGUUGCUGAUGAUUAAAGCGGUGCUUACUGAUGCAGAAAACAAGCAAACAGAAAAUGAAGCUGCAAAAGUGUGGCUAAAUGAUCUGGAGGAUUUGGCUUAUGAUCUUGAUGACUUACUAGAUGAGUUGAACACUGAAGCUUUGCAGCGCGAAUUAAAAGAAAAAAAAGACAGAACUGGAAUGGUACGGAAGCUUAUCCCUACUUGUUGUACUAAUUUCUCUUUCACUGAUUUCAUGUUUGAUCGCGGAAUUACUUCCAAGCUAAAAGAUAUCAGUGACCGAUUGGAGUUUCUAACCAAUCACAUUAGUAUCCUAAAUUUGGUGGAGAAUGUGAGGGGAAGGAGUGACAAAACUGGAAAAAGAUUGCAACUGACUUCGGUUGUGGAAGAAUCUGAAGUAUAUGGCAGAAAACAUGAUGAAAGGAAAAUACUCGAUUUAUUGUUGAGGGUUGAAUCAAAUGAUGGUCCAUUAUUAGUGAUUCCUAUAGUGGGCAUGGGAGGCAUCGGGAAAACAACUCUCGCCCAACUGGUCUACAAUGAUGAAAUAUUGCAGGGUAAGUUUGAUCUCAAGGCAUGGGUUUGGGUUUCAGAUGAAUUUGAUGCUCUUAAGAUAACAAAAACUAUUCUUAAGCAAGUUUCCUCUGAAAGGCGUGAUGAUGAUGAUGAUCUGAACAUGCUUCAGGUGGCACUAAAGGAAACACUUUCAAACAAAAGAUUUUUAAUGGUUUUAGAUGAUGUUUGGAAUGAAAAAUAUGGGGAUUGGGACAUCCUAAGUCGACCUUUCCUAGCUGGAAAAUCAGCUCAACAUUCACUUGAAGCUAAAACUUUUGAUGUACGCCCAGAUCUAAGAAAGAUUGGCGAGUCUGUGAUCAGAAGAUGUGUAAACUUGCCAUUGGCAGUGAAGGCUGUUGGCGGUAUUCUACGCACAAAAGAUAGCCCUACGGAAUGGGAAGGUGUUCUGAAUAGUGAGGUUUGGAUAGCUGAAGAACAUGGUGAAGUUCUUCCUGCCUUAAAACUCAGCUACCAAUAUCUUCCUCCUCAGUUGAAACAAUGUUUUGCUUACUGUGCUAUAAUUCCAAAGGGCUUCUACUUUUUGAAGUCCGAGCUAGUGUAUUAUUGGAUGGCUGAAGGUUUUCUGCAACAAUCACAAGAACAAAGGCCCAUGGAAGAAAUAGGCAGUGAUUAUUUUGAUGAACUUUUGGCUAGAUCGUUCUUCCAAAAAUCAACCUUCCGUACUUCACGUUUCUUUAUGCAUGACCUCAUCAAUGAUCUAGCUAUGUGUGUUGCUGGCGAAAAAUGUUUAAGGAUGUAUGAUAUGGUGAAGGACAAUCUUCAAUACAAGAUUUCUGGAAAGGUACGGCACUUGUCAUUCAUUCGCCAUUACUAUGAACCCUACCAUAGAUUUGAUUUUGUCAAUAGAAUUGAACAUUUGAGAACAUUUUUGCCACUGCCCAAAAUGAUGCAACGCGAUGUAAGAUUUUUCACAACCCAAAGAGUUUUUGGUGAAAUAUUGCCAAAAUUGUACUGCCUAAGAGUGCUGGUCUUGCACGGUUAUGAAAUAUACGUGCUGCCCAGUUCUAUUGGUGAUUUAAGACAUUUAAGGUACUUCGACUUGUCUAGAACACUACUCAAAUGGUUGCCAGACUCUCUAACCACUCUUUGUAACUUACAAGUAUUGAAUCUAGAAGGUUGUUCCAGACUUGCCAAAUUACCUGCAUGCAUAGGCAAUCUUACUACGCUUCGCCAUCUAAACAUUGCUAAUACUGAUGCAUUACACGAGUUACCUCAAGGAAUUUCUCAACUGAAAAAUUUACAGACAUUAUCGAAGUUGAUUGUGUGUGAAAGUGGUGGGCUGAAGAUAAAAGACUUGCGGAAUUUCUCACAUUUGAAAGGAGAAAUAUCUAUUGAGCAAUUGCAAAAUGUGGUGAAUGUUCAAGAAGCAACAGAUGCAAGGCUAAGGUACAACCCAAGCCUUAAUAAAAUAAGACUGAUAUGGAGUAGUGAGUUUGAUGAAUCACGAAAUGAAAUUCUUGAACUAAAUGUACUUGAUGCACUUAAACCCCAUGAAAACUUAUCAAGUCUGGAAAUUGAAUUUUAUGGUGGAGCAAAAUUUUCUAGUUGGAUUGGUGAUUUGUCAUUUUCUAAGUUGACAAAGAUAAGCUUCAAAUUUUGCGAAAACUGCACAACUUUGCCAGCAUUAGGGCACCUGCCUUCGCUCAAAGACUUGGACAUUCGAGGCAUGGAUAAAGUAAAGUUGAUUGGAAGUGAAUUUUAUGGAAACGUAUGCUAUGGAGAAUCACCAUUUCCAUCGCUAGAGAUUCUGACUUUUGAGGACAUGCCAGAAUGGGAGGAAUGGCAUGGAUUAGCACCCGAAGGAGAACAUGCCAUUGAAAUUCCUAAGCUUCGCAAAUUGCAUAUAGGUGGAUGUCCCAAAUUGGUUAUGCUUCCAGUUCUUUUUUUUCCAUCUCUUCAUGAACUAAGUGUGGAAUACUGUAAUGAAGUGGUACUAAAUUGCAUGCACAAUUUGACCUCUUUAACCAAUUUAAAAUUGAAAGAAAUUCUAGGGUUAACUUCAGUUUCAAAAGCAUUUAAACAGUUUCCAUUGAAACUUGAACAUUUUGAAAUCGAUGACUGUGAGGACUUAGCAACUCUGUGGCCAAGUGAAAGCAUUGUGCAAAGACUAGUCAAUGUACAAAUAGUAUCUGUUAGAAGGUGUCCUAAGCUCUUGUCCAUUCAAGAGAUUGGUGUUCUUCCUGUUAUUGGAUCUCUUGUUAUAGAGGAUUGUGCGUCUCUGGAGUUGUUUCCCAACAAUAUGUCUGCAUAUACAAGUUUGGGAAUCAGAAACUGUCCGUCGUUGAAGAUGAUGAUCACACUAGAGGAUUGCAGAACCUCACUUGAAUCUCUUAGCAUUGGAAGUUGGACAAAUUUAAAUUUAACAAAUUUAAUGGGUUGUCUUCACAAUUACUCAAGUCUCACUCGGCUGAGAAUAGUAUACUGUAAUGAUCUGGAGUCAUUUCCCCAAGAUGGCUUGCUCACUCCCAAUUUGAGAGAUCUUGUAAUAAUGUUUUGCCAAAAUCUCAAAUCCUUACCAGAUCGGAUGGAACAGCUAUUGUCCCUUGAGACCCUGCAGGUGGAUUGUUGUCCUUCACUAACAGAGUCCUUUCCCCAAGGGAAUAGUCCCCCCAAUCUGACCCAGCUUUCCAUCUUUAAUUGUGAGAAACUAAAGCCCCUGAAGGAAUGGGGCCUGCACAAACUCAAAUCUCUUCAUUCAUUCUCUCACAGUGGUGGAUAUCCCGAGUUGGUUUCAUUUUCUAAAAAUGACAAUGACCAAUACUAUAUGCUUCCUCAAUCUCUUACUCAAUUGUGCUUUUAUGACCUGCCGAAUCUUGAAACUCUAUCAAAUGGCUUCCAAAACCUCACAUCUCUUCGACAUUUAAAAGUCCACAAUUGCCCGAAGCUUGUGGCAUUGCCUUCGGAAGACCAGCUUGUCAGUCUUUGGAGCCUUGACAUUUUUGAUUGCCCGCUUCUUGAGAAACGUUGA